UUUUCUACCUUCUUUCUUUGAGCAGCUGUGUUGAAAUAACCUUAAUGAUAUUAUUUUGUGUUUCUUUACAAAAACCGCAAUAAUACUGAAUUUAUCAACGCGUUUUGCGAUUUAUAGAGUCUUGACAUUUCAAGCCGGUUAAAUGGACUGUAAUUAACUUGAUUGUUUCCAGUCGGUACUGUUUUUCUCGCCGUACCGCCGGGGUUUGUAGUUCGCUACAAACCCUGGCGGGGUUCGAACCUUCAAGAAUUAAGAGUUGCAGACGGCAGAAAAGGACUACAACUCCCAGCGUUCAGAGGAUGAAUAUGACGUAAGAGCUGAAGAUACGUUCGCGUAAUUUUAAAAAUGAUAUUUCUCGCUGUAGCGCAGUCUAAGGUGUAACCUACAAGAGGUUUGAAGUAUAAGAAGCAUAUUUUUCAUUUUGGUUACAUCUCUGGUUGAUACGUUUUACCGUUUCUUUUCACUUGUAAGGGUUUUUUGUUAAGUUUUUGACACUAUGUACACUCAACAAGAACACGGGGAAUUCAGACCUCCCAUGUUUCUUCACCGAGUGACCUCCUUCAGUUCCUGCAUUCGUCCCAGAGGGCAUCCGGCUCUCCCCUGGGCCUCCUCCCACUACCAACCAUUCGCCCCUCACCCUCAUCCAUGGUGGUCAGCCCCCAGAUUCCCACCCUGGCCUCCUCAUUUUCCCCCACCAUACCCACCUCCUUGUCCACUGUUCAGUGGUAACAGAUUCCACUUUGCCAACACUGGUGGUCUACAGUCAUUCCACACCUCUGUGGAUGUCAUGAUGGAGCGUUCCAGCAGAGGACCUCCAACCAAACGAUUGAAAAGUGGAGAGGACAGGAAGAGUGUUGGGGAAAAUGUAUCAUCCAGGGAUGGAGGAAUGAGGGAAACAAGGUCCAAAGCCAGGGAGAGAGAGUCAAAGCAGGAGCAUCAUCACUGGGAUUUCAGAAGAGACGGCGAACUUCCAGCGAACCACCAGUCCAGAAUUGGAGAGAAACCAAAAACCGGAGCCGAGAGAGUUUGCAGCAGAGAAAGGACUAAAUGUGAGAGAAAAAGCAGCAGUGACAGAACUAAAAACCAGCAUUCACAAGCUGCAGGAUCCAGGACUGAGCAGGAGAAACCCAACGUCUGGUACCGAGGCAGGCCUGCUGAGGAGCAGUGGAGCCUUCAGCAGAACCAAACCUGGUCGGCAGAACCUGACGAGGUUGGCGGUGUCGAUGCAGGGAGAUGGGCGGGGCUUCAGUACCAGCCCUCCAGUUCUAUUCAAGCAGACGGACAAUUUCCACAACAACCUCCACACCCAGUUAAAAGUCUUCAGAGGUACUGGGAGACCUGCAGUACUGAAACUCAGCCACCAGAGGACAGCAGAGUCUUUGACUUCUCUGUGAUGUCCUACAACAUCUUAUCCCAGGAUCUGCUGCAGGAUAACGCCUACCUGUACCGACACUGUGACCCUGCCGUUCUGCCCUGGCCGUACCGGCUGCCCAACCUGCUGGCAGAGAUCCAGCAGCACAACGCUGACAUUCUGUGUCUUCAGGAGGUCCAGGAGGAUCAUUAUGAGAACCAGAUCAAACCGGCUCUACAGGCGUUAGGGUACCAGUGUGAAUAUAAGAAGCGGACAGGGAAGAAACCAGACGGUUGCGCCAUCACCUUUAAAUCCUCCCGCUUCUCGCUCGUCUCCUCAACGCCGGUGGAGUUCUAUCGCCAUGGCGACGCCCUCCUGAACCGGGACAAUGUGGGCAUGGUGGUCGUGCUGCAGCCAAACGCCGGCGCCGCCCAGUCCGACGCGUCCUGCUCCAUCUGUGUGGCCAACACUCACCUGCUCUACAACCCUCGCCGUGGCGACAUCAAGCUGGCUCAGCUGGCCAUCCUAUUGGCCGAGAUCGGCCGGCUGUCCCGCCUCCCCGACGGCUCCACCAACCCGGUGAUCCUCUGUGGGGACUUUAACUCGGCGCCGUGGAGCCCGCUGUACCACUUCCUGACCACAGGCUCUCUGAAGUACAAAGGGAUGCAGAUUAACAUGGUGUCGGGUCAGGAAAUGAGUCCCAGAGGUCACCGUUUCCUCACCCCUCCCAUCUGGUCCCCCGGACUGGGAAUCAACCAGUGCUGCCAGUAUGAGAGCAAACCAACAGAGGAGCCACGUCCCAUCAGCCCUGCAGCUGUGGAAGGAGGAAUCUCUAACCUGACGGUUGAAGAUCCGGCCCCCGGAGCCUCAGCUGAUGUUACCAGGUCAGAGCCGAACUGCUCCAGAUACAGAAUCAAACAUGACCUGAAGCUGCAGUCGUCUUACGGGCACCGCUUGCUGCCGGACGGCCGCCCUGAGGUCACCACCAGCCACUCACGCACAUCCCUGACCGUGGACUACAUUCUGUACAGCUCAGAUAUAAAUGCAAUGCCUUUACUUCCUGGUGGGCGGGGCCUCCAGCUGCUGAGCAGGCUGUCAUUGGUUGGCCAAUCAGAGCUGGAGGAAGUCCACAGACUUCCCAACUGGCACCACUCAUCGGACCAUCUUCCUCUCCUGGCCAGCUUCCGCCUUGGUCCAGACAGUUUCACAUGAAGGAAAAACUGGAUUCAAUCCAACCUUUAGAAAAAAAAUCUGUUUAAUUUGUUUCAGAAAACUGAAACAAAUAGCAUCUUGUAUGGUUUUAAAUAGAGAAGAAUUUUUAUUGCUGCCGCUCGUACGUUUCCAUACGGAGUUCAGAAUUUGCACAAAGAAUUUAUAAUUUCAUGUCUCCAUGGUGAUGCAUUUACAAAAUAAGUUUAUAAAAUAUAUUUGCAGAUAUGCAGAAAUGAACCAACAUGUUUGACUCAGACAACAAAUUUCAUCAUAAACAUUUGUUUAUUGUUUAUUAUCUAGUUGGAUUUUUGUUUAUUAUAGAUUGAUGGCAGCUGAUGAAAAUUCAGAUUCAUCAUCUUCUUUGCUCCACUGAUAACAUUUAAUACUCGCAUCAGUCAGAAUAUUUUUUCAUUUCCCUUUGGGAUCAAUAAUGCAUUUUUGAAUUGAAUUUGACUGAAUGGAGAUGGUUUGUUUUUUUGUUUGUUGUUUUUUCUUUCUAACUUUAAAAAUUUGAGGUUAAAUGUAUUUUUAAAAUGAUACAUUUAACUCAUUAGCUGCUGGUCUAACACCAGGAAUUAUGCAGUUAAGUGUGUUUUAUUUUAUUUUACUGUCAUGUUUUAUAAGUUAAUGUGCCAAAACUAAGAACAUUGCUAUAAGAUCAUCUGUUUAUUAUUUUAUGAGUUUUAAUUAUUUUUAUUACCAGUAAGAGAAUGAUCUAUGCAUCUCAUCAUCGUAUUUGGAAAACGUUCUGUUAGCUGAAUGAGUUCCAGUUCAUCUGAAGCUGUUAUCAUUUUUAAUGCAUCACUUUAUCCUGGUUUGCAACGAGACGAUGGUUUGGACUCUGUGUAUUUUUCUACUGUUUUGUUUGCCAGUUUGGGGAAGUUUACAGUUUGUAAAUAAUAAAUUAGUAUUUUUACACCCA